AUGAAUUCUAGCUUGCCUUCCCUUCCACUUGGAGGCAUCGCAAUCGUGCUUCUAGUGCUGCUGUUUCUCAAAUUUCGCAAUGUCGGAACCCGCGACAAAGAUAUGCCACCAGGCCCAAAAACGACACUUGUUCUGGGAAACGCUCUGGAAUUUCCCACUAGUUUUCCCCACAUCAAGUUCCUGGAAUGGACUCGGCAGUAUGGCGAUAUCUUUUCACUAAAGAUAUUUGAUCGCACUAUAAUCGUCGUCUCUUCAGCGACAGCUGUGAAGCAGAUUCUUGAUAUCGAUGGCGCUCGUACCGGAAAUCGGCCUCGAUCCAAGAUUGCACACCGUGUAACAAAAGGCUGGAGUAUGUUCCUAGAAAACAUGGAAAACCCAGUUUGGAAGCGUGGCAGUCAAGUUAUACGCAACUUUCUUAACCGGGGUAGCCUUGAGAAACACUUGAGAAUUCAAGAAGACGAAAUCUCGCAAUGUAUGUACAAUUUUUUGGAAGAUCCAAAGAACUUCUACCGCCACGUUUGCCGUUCAACUGCAUCAGCCAUUCUUACGAACAUCUAUGGCGUACGUGUAGCCAAAUAUGAAGGCUCAAUUGCAGAGACAUACUUCCAAGGAAUUAAGCUUUUUAGUGAAUCUCUAGAUCCUGGUACGCACCCUCCAGUCGAUCUUUUCUGGCCACUUCAAUACGUACCUAAACGAUGGGCAUAUUGGAAACGGCUCGCGGACUCAACGCGUGCAAUUAGAGAUGAGCUAUACGGUUCCUUAUUUGCGCAAUGCGAGCUGGCAGUUAAGCAAAAGAAUUUCACAGGAUGCUACAUGGACUCACUGAUAUCGAAUCAAGCCAAAUCUGGCAUGAGUCGAGACGAGAUCAUUGGCAUAGGCGCGGUUCUGAUGGACGGUGGAGUGAAAACAACUGCAACUUUUACCCACUCCUUGGUCCUCGCACUGAUCAACUACCCUGAAUUUCAGCGAAAAGCUCAAGAAGAGAUAGAUACAGUUGUGGGUCCUGACCGCUGGCCAAGGCUGAAAGACUACGAAAACGUCCCAUAUAUUCGUGCAAUUGUCGACGAAGUCAUUCGAUUCAGAACGUCGGCCCCAGUUGCCAUUCCCCACGUCAGUACGGAAGAAGUGCGUUACAAAGGUUACCGCAUACCAAAGGAUUCUGUAAUCUUCAUGAAUGUUCACGGUAUCUUCCAUGACCCAGAUUUCUACGAUCACCCAGAGGAAUUCCGACCUGAAAGAUUCCUCAAGACUGAGUUUGGCACGAAACCGGGGGUCGACAUGACAGGGUAUCGGAACAACUUUACAUUCGGAGCCGGUCGCAGAGCAUGCCCAGGAGAGGCACUAGCACGCCAAAAUAUGGCACUGACCAUAAUGAACUUUCUUUGGGCAUUUGACUUCAAAAAAGAUGAUUCAGGGACUGGCGGGUACGAUCUCGAUACGUACGAAAGACCUGGAAUCGAGCUGGCACCGAAGGAGUUCACAUGUGACGUACUCCCCCGAUCAGUGGCAAAAGCAGAAAUGAUUAGAAAUAGGAUGGCAAAUGUGUACGGGGGUGCCCAAGAGUAG